UGAAUCUGCCUGAUUUGGGGCUUUCUGGUCCAAAGUUAGAAGGCCCUAACUUGGACCUUAAAACACCUGACCUAGAUAUCUCUGGUCCCAAUUUCAGUGGUGGAAUAAAUGCACCUGACAUAAACAUGCCAAACAUUGACCUCAAAGCCCCAAAGCUGAAAAUGGAUAAACCAAAUGCCAACUUGGACUUGCCAUCAGGCAAAGUUAAAAUGCCAAAACUUGAUGGUCCAGAUUGGGAUGUUAAUGCUCCUUCUGGGAAAUUAAAAAUGCCUAAAUUUAAUCUGUCAGGGACACUGCCUAAAGGACCAAAUUUGGACCUAAACACAGAUCUGAAGUCACCAGAUCUCAAUCUAAAAGCUCCAAAGAUAAAGGGUGGAAUUGAUGCACCUGAUAUGGACUUACCAGACAUGGAUCUUAAAGCUCCCAAAUUAGAUAUGAACACUCCAGAUGUCAACAUUGGCUCACCAAAAGGGAAGCUGAAAUUCCCCAAAAUGAAAAUGCCUAAAUUCAACCUUCCAAGCCUUAAAGGUCCUGAAAUUGAUGGCAACUUGGAAGGUCCAAACAUAAAUACACCCAAUGUCAACCUCAAAGGUCCUAAAGCGGAUCUUGAUCUAGAUAUUUCUGGUCCAUCUGGCAAGUUUAAAAAGCCAAACCUGAAUCUGCCUGAUUUGGGGCUUUCUGGUCCAAAGUUAGAAGGCCCUAACUUGGACCUUAAAACACCUGACCUAGAUAUCUCUGGUCCCAAUUUCAGUGGUGGAAUAAAUGCACCUGACAUAAACAUGCCAAACAUUGACCUCAAAGCCCCAAAGCUGAAAAUGGAUAAACCAAAUGCCAACUUGGACUUGCCAUCAGGCAAAGUUAAAAUGCCAAAACUUGAUGGUCCAGAUUGGGAUGUUAAUGCUCCUUCUGGGAAAUUAAAAAUGCCUAAAUUUAAUCUGUCAGGGACACUGCCUAAAGGACCAAAUUUGGACCUAAACACAGAUCUGAAGUCACCAGAUCUCAAUCUAAAAGCUCCAAAGAUAAAGGGUGGAAUUGAUGCACCUGAUAUGGACUUACCAGACAUGGAUCUUAAAGCUCCCAAAUUAGAUAUGAACACUCCAGAUGUCAACAUUGGCUCACCAAAAGGGAAGCUGAAAUUCCCCAAAAUGAAAAUGCCUAAAUUCAACCUUCCAAGCCUUAAAGGUCCUGAAAUUGAUGGCAACUUGGAAGGUCCAAACAUAAAUACACCCAAUGUCAACCUCAAAGGUCCUAAAGCGGAUCUUGAUCUAGAUAUUUCUGGUCCAUCUGGCAAGUUUAAAAAGCCAAACCUGAAUCUGCCUGAUUUGGGGCUUUCUGGUCCAAAGUUAGAAGGCCCUAACUUGGACCUUAAAACACCUGACCUAGAUAUCUCUGGUCCCAAUUUCAGUGGUGGAAUAAAUGCACCUGACAUAAACAUGCCAAACAUUGACCUCAAAGCCCCAAAGCUGAAAAUGGAUAAACCAAAUGCCAACUUGGACUUGCCAUCAGGCAAAGUUAAAAUGCCAAAACUUGAUGGUCCAGAUUGGGAUGUUAAUGCUCCUUCUGGGAAAUUAAAAAUGCCUAAAUUUAAUCUGUCAGGGACACUGCCUAAAGGACCAAAUUUGGACCUAAACACAGAUCUGAAGUCACCAGAUCUCAAUCUAAAAGCUCCAAAGAUAAAGGGUGGAAUUGAUGCACCUGAUAUGGACUUACCAGACAUGGAUCUUAAAGCUCCCAAAUUAGAUAUGAACACUCCAGAUGUCAACAUUGGCUCACCAAAAGGGAAGCUGAAAUUCCCCAAAAUGAAAAUGCCUAAAUUCAACCUUCCAAGCCUUAAAGGUCCUGAAAUUGAUGGCAACUUGGAAGGUCCAAACAUAAAUACACCCAAUGUCAACCUCAAAGGUCCUAAAGCGGAUCUUGAUCUAGAUAUUUCUGGUCCAUCUGGCAAGUUUAAAAAGCCAAACCUGAAUCUGCCUGAUUUAGGUCUUUCUGGUCCAAAGUUAGAAGGCCCAGAUCUCAAUCUAAAAGCUCCAAAGAUAAAGGGUGGAAUUGAUGCACCUGAUAUGGACUUACCAGACAUGGAUCUUAAAGCUCCCAAAUUAGAUAUGAACACUCCAGAUAUCAACACUGGCACACCAAAAGGGAAGCUGAAAAUGCCAAAACUGAAAAUGUCUAAGAGUAAUCUACCAAAUCUUAAAGGACCUGAGUUUGAUGGCACUUUUGACGGCUCCAACAUUGACCUCAGGGCACCAAAUGCCAAUUUCAAAGGUUCCAAAACUGGCUUAGAAAUGCCUGAUGUUGAUUUUGGUAGCCCAUCAGGAAAAUCUCCCAAAGGUUGA